CCUUAUUUAUUUUUAAAUAUUUAUAUUCCUGGCUUUUGUCUAUUAUGAGUUCCAGAUGAGGCCAGACUAGCUCUAGAGAACCAGGAAAGGGGGACUUGUCCUUUCCAGCUGAAAAUUUUUGUCAGUUUUAGGACAGUUUGUGGGAGAAUGUCAGUCUGUCAGAGCUGAAUGGGCUGCAUGCUCCUCGGAGCACCUGGUCUCAGGAGAGUGGGAUGUGGGCCGCGGCAGGGAGGGGGCAUUUCAUAGAAAGUGGUCAUUCUUUGCGGGAGGGCUGGAGGUACCUCCACGUGGGCGCCAGGCCUUGAGACCGGCCGUCGGGACAGAUGGAGCACCACUGUUGGGACAGUGGCCAUGGCAGGGAGGACCUGUUUGAUUUCCGCACAAGGCCUCAGUCACAGGGGGCUGGGGCCGGCCCCCAGCCAGGGGACCCCUCAGGUGUCCCUAGGCCUCUUGGGGCCCUGCUCUCACCACCCUUUGGGGGCCUCCUCCAGAGUACCCUCCGGAGCCUUCUGGGCUGCUCUUUGGCUGUCUUCAUUUAUUUUAUUUGAGAUUUUUAACUAUUGCUCCGUCUCCCUCCUGGCAUCGUAUUGCAAGGAUACCUCUUAUUAAUAAAAAGUGGAAGCCAAGCAGCAAAAUUAGAUUUGCCUGAGAGUCCAAACAUUUUCUUUUUGUCUCUAAUUAAUGUGACAGCUUGUGUGUUCCUCGUAGGUAGAGUGCAGACCUGGAGUCCUCACUUUAUUUUCCUGAAGGGACUUCUGUGCCUCGUAUCCGCUCUGGAGUGGGCUCGGUGUCUCAGUCCCACUGCUAUUUUUAUCAUCCUCAUCAUCACCAUCUAGGAUUCAUAGUCACUUUUACAAUUGAAUUAUUUAAUGAUUUUCUUUAAGGUUUUCCUAACCCGUUAAGGAUCACAGUGUGGUUAGCUAGCAUUGUAAUGCAAAAACUCCUCUUAUAUCUGACCAGAAGUCAGUGUUUCCAGAAGCCAGGGCACUUUAAAUAAAAAUAAUACUCUGGUUUCAAAAGUCAUUCACCACCUUUCAUUUUUUUUUUUCCUUCUGCCCCCUCUGUUUCCCCUCUUCCCAGGUUAUCUCGCAUUGGAAUGGAUAGCCUGGGCUGGCUGUCUUCUGGCUUUCCUAGGGCCUUGUUCUCUAGCAGCGGCCCUGCUUCCUAAGGUAUUAGCUUAGCCUUUCAAUCUUUUUUUGUUAGACAAUCCAGGCAUUUCCUUGAUUACUAGCCUCCUGCCAAUAGGCUCGGUCCCUGGAUGCUUUGAAAACCCCAGAUUUCCUGUGAAUAGGGCAAAAUAGUCUUUGUAAAUGCGACAUUGCUCCCUCUCACCCAAGAAGAGAAUAUUCCUCUCUCCAUACAGUUCUUUGCUUUGUUUAUUUCUGCGAUGCAAAUGGUUUCCUGAUACAUUUUUUUUUUUUACUCAAAGGAGACUAUAAUUCAAGAUGGUGGAGGGAUCGGAUUGAAGGAAAAAGCAGGUACCUCUUUCAGGGGAAAAUGAGUGACUUUGUGGACCUCCUGCAGGGAUGCUCCUGUUCCUUCCCCUCCCCCCUGAGAUCUUUUUUUCUGGCUUUUUGAUAUUUAUACAAGGAUGAUAAAGGUUAAAUUUCGGAUAUGUAAAGUUGACUAGUAAUGCUAUGCUAAUCAUGAGUCAGUGGAGCAGGAGUAUUCGAUUUGACUCUGCUGGGAGAAUCUCUCUGUGCAACAUCUAUGUUCGGGGAGGGGGGAGAUGGGUGUGGACAUCUAGGAAUAUAUCUACAGACACACAUAUGUAUGUAUACGCAUUUCACCCAUGCUGUGGCUGUUACUCGGCCUUGCUGAGGAAAGGGCAGGCCCAGCGCAGCCUCCUGCUCCAUUUCUGCCUUGCAGUGAUAGAAACUUGAGCGUUGGGACCCGGAGAAGGGGAUGUUUUUAUAAGUUUCUGCAGCUGAAAAACAGAAGUGUUCUGUAAAGCAGUUAAUAGGAUGGGUGUGUGUUUAAAAGAAAUUCCUGUCCACAUUGGCUAACGCACCCAUGCAAGUAGUUUGGCUCUGACGUGGCCGGGGCUGGGAGACUAAUGGAUAAGAUUCUGAAGGGACAGGCUCUUUAAAAAAAAAGAAAGAAAGAAAGAAAGAAAGAAAGGAAAAUGGAAAAGAAAAGAAGGCUGGCUCUCCUUUCUUGAAGACUCCUGCAGAUUCUAGCCGGGCCUCUGGGGCUUCUGGCGAAGGGGGGUCAGUGCCCUCCAGGGGAGCCCCGCUUUUGUUCUCCUUUGACCUUUCCACAAUGGGUGCAGAAGGCAGCUGGGGGAGAGCCGGCUAACGGCCGGCCAUGGCACGGCCUGGCACCCCGGCGGCGGCGGCCUGCUUUGUCCGGCCGCGGAAGGCCCGCGAGAGCUCCUGCCCGCCGGAGCCGGCGUCCUCACGCUCGCGAUGAGCAGCCCCUGACUGUGCCAGACAGAACUGUAGAUGUCAGGCUUUGCACAGAGAGGAGGCGAGCCAGGCAGAGGCAAGCAGCGGGGCUGUGAGUUUCAAAUUAACCUUCCGCUUUGUUGAUGUGUAAUGUGGAUUUCCAGCCCCCUCCCCUUCCCCCCAGCUAGUGCAGUGUACACUGGCAAAUUGUGAGAGUUGGGCUUCAUUUACAUAAAGCUAUUACAGGAAUCUGGUCAGCAGGCAGGCUGCAUUCAGGCCCCUGGCCUCCCGGGGGGAGGGGAGUGCACGCCUGGUGCCGGCUGAUGGGUAAAGCCCAGCAGCUCCCUCCAGGGACUGUGCCUUCCUGAGCAGGGUGGGGAGGGAUGGGGCAGCGCAGGGAUGGCUCCCCGCCCCCCCACCCCUCAGCAUGAAAGCUCUGCCCCCCGGCCCCCAGCCCAGCGCAGGCGCUGGGGGCCCAGGGGAAGGGGAGAGGAUGCCUCCUGGGGCUGGCAAGGUGGGGGGGGGGGCGCUUAGUGACGAGGAGAUUUCCCAGGCUGGCCAGAGGGCAGUCAAUGGAUCUGUCAUCCGUGGCAUCUCCUCCUUCCUGAGGUGUGUGCAGGCCUUGGGCUCCAGGUCCGAACCGUACUGGGUGCAAUGAAAGCUCCAUGCAGGCCUUACCAUGGAAGGCUGUGACUCGCCUGUCAUCCCUGGGAAGGACAAUGGGUGUGGGAUCCCUCAGCACCAGCAAUGGACUGAACUCAACAGCACCCACCUCCCUGACCAACCCAGUAGCAUGGAGCAGUCCGCCACAGACAGCCACGGGCCCCUAGACAGCCUGCGGGCCCCCUUCAAUGAGCGCGGCCCGGACAGCGCGCACUCGGCCGGCCCCACCGCUGAGCCCGCCGGCAAGGAGGUCAGCUGCAACGAGUGCUCGGCCUCCUUCGCCAGCCUACAGACCUACAUGGAGCAUCACUGCCCCAGCGCCCGCCCCCCGCUCCCCCUGAGGGAGGAGAGCGGGAGCGACUCCAGUGAGGAGGGGGAUGAGGAGAGUGACGUGGAAAACCUGGCUGGAGAGAUAGUCUACCAGCCCGAUGGCUCGGCCUACAUUGUCGAGAGCCUCAGCCAGUUGGUCCAAAGUGGGGGGGCCUGUGGCAGCGGCAGCGGGGCGCUCCCGGCGCUCUUUCUGAACUCUCUGCCCAGCGCUGGGGGUAAGCAGGGGGAGCCCUCUUCCGCCGCCCCGGUCUACCCACAGAUCAUCAAUACGUUCCACAUAGCCUCAUCCUUCGGGAAAUGGUUUGAGGGCUCAGACCAGGCCUUCCCGAAUACCUCAGCCCUGACGGGCGUCAGCCCCGUCCUGCACAGCUUCCGCGUUUUUGAUGUGCGGCACAAAAGCAACAAGGAUUACCUGAACAGCGAUGGUUCCGCCAAAAGCUCCUGCGUAUCCAAAGAUGUCCCCAACAAUGUGGACCUGUCCAAGUUUGACGGCUUUGUGCUCUACGGGAAGAGGAAGCCCAUUCUCAUGUGUUUCUUGUGCAAGCUCUCCUUUGGCUACGUCCGCUCGUUCGUGACCCACGCCGUGCACGACCACCGCAUGACCCUCAGCGAGGAAGAGCGGAAAAUUCUUAGUCACAAGAACAUUUCCGCCAUCAUCCAAGGAAUCGGCAAAGACAAGGAACCCCUUGUCAGUUUUCUGGAACCAAAAAACAAAAACUUUCAGCACCCUUUAGUUUCCGCAGCUAACCUCAUGGGGCCCGGACACAGCUUUUAUGGUAAAUUUAGCGGCAUUCGGAUGGAAGGGGAGGAGGCGCUCCCGGGUGCUUCGGCCAGUGCCGCCGAGCAGCCCCAGCCAGGCCUUUUGACGCCUGGGACCCUCUUGAACCUUGGCGGGCUGACCAGCUCGGCUCUGAAGACCCCAAUUACCUCAGUCCCCCUGGGCCCCUUGGCUUCCAGUCCUACCAAAUCCUCAGAGGGCAAGGACCCUGGGGUAGCAGAGGGUGAGAAGCAAGAAGUGGGUGACCAGGAUAGUCUCUCAGAGAAGGCAGAGCCAGCUGAGGAUGCGGAGGAGGAGGAAGAGGAGGAGGAGGAGGAUGCAGAGGAGGAAGAGGAGGAGGAGGAGGAAGAGGAGGAGGAGGAGGAGGAAGAUGAGGGUUGCAAAGGACUCUUUCCGAGUGAGUUGGAGGAUGAGUUGGAGGACAGGCCCCACGAGGAGUCUGGGGCCAUGGCAGGUGGCAGCAACAAAAAUGACCUUGCUCUCUCAAACCAAAGCAUUUCUAACUCUCCCUUAAUGCCUAACAUGCUCCAGACUCUGUCGCGGAGCACCGCUUCUACUAGUUCUAAUUCUACUUCUUCCUUUGCUGUCUUUGAUGGUGCAAACAGGAGGAAUCGUUUAAGCUUUAACAGUGAGGGUGUCAGGGCCAGUGUGGCAGAGGGCAGCAGGAGGUUGGACUUCCUGGAUGAAAGUGCCAAUAAAGACAAUGCCACAGCACCAGAACCAAAUGAAAGCGCAGAGGGGGAUGAGGGGGGCUACCUCUCCCAUCACCAGCACGCUGGGGCCCUCUGUGAGCUUGGGGUGGGGGAGUGCCCCUCGGGGAGCGGUGUGGAGUGCCCCAAGUGUGACACGGUCCUGGGCUCUUCCCGCUCCCUGGGGGGGCACAUGACCAUGAUGCAUUCUCGGAACUCGUGCAAGACGCUCAAGUGUCCCAAGUGCAAUUGGCACUACAAGUACCAGCAGACGCUCGAGGCGCACAUGAAGGAGAAGCAUCCCGAGCCCGGCGGCUCGUGCGUCUACUGCAAGAGCGGGCAGCCUCACCCGCGCCUGGCGCGGGGCGAGAGCUACACGUGCGGUUACAAGCCUUUCCGCUGUGAGGUCUGUAACUACUCGACUACUACCAAAGGCAACCUCAGUAUUCAUAUGCAGUCCGACAAGCAUCUCAACAACAUGCAGAACCUGCAGAAUGGGGGGGGCGAGCAAGUCUUCAGUCACUCGGCCGGGGCCGCGGCCGCAGCUGCGGCAGCCGCGGCGGCCGCGGCCAACAUCGGCAACACCUGCGGGGCCCCCUCCCCCACCAAACCAAAAACCAAGCCCACCUGGCGGUGCGAGGUGUGCGACUACGAGACCAACGUGGCCCGGAACCUCCGCAUCCACAUGACCAGCGAGAAGCACAUGCACAACAUGAUGCUCCUGCAGCAGAACAUGACCCAGAUGCAGCACAACCGGCACCUGGGCCUCGGGGCCCUGCCCUCCCCGGCCGAGGCCGAGCUCUACCAGUACUAUCUGGCCCAGAACAUGACGCUGCCCAACCUCAAGAUGGACAGCCCUGCCUCGGAGGCCCAGUUCAUGAUGAGCGGGUUUCAGCUGGAUCCCACCAGCCCCAUGACGGCAAUGGCGACCCCAGCUCUAGUGGGCGGUGAAAUACCCCUAGACAUGCGGCUGGGGGGCGGGCAGCUGGUGUCUGAGGAGCUGAUGAACCUGGGCGAGAGCUUCACACAGACCAAUGACCCGUCCCUGAAGCUGUUCCAGUGUGCGGUGUGUAACAAGUUCACCACCGACAGCCUGGACCUGCUGGGCCUGCACAUGAACAUGGAGCGCGGCCUCCCUGAGGAGGAGUGGAAGGCAGUGAUGGGGGACUCCUAUCAGUGCAAGCUCUGCCGGUACAAUACCCAGCUCAAGGCCAAUUUUCAGCUCCACUGCAAGACGGACAAGCAUGUGCAGAAGUACCAGCUGGUAGCGCACAUCAAGGAAGGCGGGAAGGCCAACGAGUGGAGACUGAAGUGCGUGGCCAUUGGAAACCCUGUGCAUUUGAAGUGCAAUGCCUGUGACUACUAUACUAACAGUCUGGAGAAGCUCCGGCUCCACACGGUCAACUCGCGGCACGAAGCAAGCCUGAAGCUGUACAAGCACCUUCAGCAUCACGAGGCCGGCGUGGAAGGAGAGAGCUGCUACUAUCACUGUGUCCUGUGUAACUACUCCACCAAGGCCAAGCUUAACCUCAUCCAGCAUGUGCGCUCCAUGAAACAUCAGCGCAGCGAGAGCCUGCGCAAGCUGCAGAGGCUCCAGAAGGGUCUUCCUGAGGAAGAGGAGGACUUGGGGCAGAUAUUCACCAUCCGCAAAUGCCCGGCCACCGACCCAGAAGAAUCAAUUGAAGAUGCCGAAGGACCUAGUGAAACAGCUGCUGACCCAGAAGAGCUCACUAAAGAUCCAGAAAGUGGAGGUGAUAAAGACCAGGGCAAGUGGCCAGCCUCGUCCAGCCAGGCAGACAAGGAGCUUCCAGACUGUCCUGCAGCCUCCAAGCGCGCGUCCUUCCCGAGUGGCUCGGAGCCCCCACUCUCUUCCAAGCGACCCAAAACAUCGGAGGAGGCCAGAGCAGAGCAGAUGUUCCAGUGCCCGUACUGUAAGUACAGUAACGCAGAUGUGAACCGGCUGCGGGUACACGCCAUGACUCAGCACUCGGUGCAGCCCAUGCUGCGCUGUCCGCUGUGCCAGGAUAUGCUCAACAACAAGAUCCACCUGCAGCUGCACCUCACCCACCUCCACAGCGUGGCCCCAGACUGUGUCGAGAAGCUCAUCAUGACGGUGACAACCCCUGAAAUGAUGAUGCCCAGCAGCAUGUUUCUCCCGGCCGCUGUUCCAGACCGAGAUGGGAGCUCCAACCCAGAGGAGGCGGGAAAGCAGCCUGAAACCUCAGAGGAUCUGAGGAAGAGCGUCCUGCCACCAGAAAGCACAGAACACAGUGGAGAGCUGAAACCCUCCCCCGCUGACCCAAGCUCGGCACGGGAGGAAUCGGGCUUCCUGUGCUGGAAGAAAGGAUGCAACCAAGUCUUCAAAACCUCUUCAGCUCUUCAAACGCAUUUCAAUGAGGUCCACGCCAAGAGGCCUCAGCUGCCCGUGUCCGACCGCCACGUGUACAAGUACCGCUGCAAUCAGUGCAGCCUGGCCUUCAAGACGGUGGAGAAGCUUCAGCUCCACUCGCAGUACCACGUCAUCAGGGCGGCCACCAUGUGCUGCCUCUGCCAACGCAGUUUUCGGACUUUCCAGGCCUUGAAAAAGCACCUCGAGACCAGCCACCUGGAGCUGAGCGAGGCGGACAUCCAGCAGCUGUACAGCGGCCUCCUGGUCAAUGGCGACCUGCUGGCCAUGGGUGACCCGUCCUUGGCGGAAGAUCACACCAUCAUCGUGGAGGAGGACAAGGAGGAGGAGAGUGACCUGGAGGAUAAGCAGAGCCCCACGGGCAGCGAUUCUGGGUCGGUCCAAGAGGAUUCAGGCUCAGAACCAAAGAGGGCUCUUCCUUUCAGAAAAGGCCCAAAUUUCACAAUGGAGAAGUUUCUGGAUCCUUCCCGCCCUUACAAAUGUACGGUCUGCAAGGAGUCUUUUACCCAAAAGAACAUUCUCUUGGUUCACUAUAACUCGGUCUCCCAUCUGCACAAGUUAAAGAGAGCCCUCCAGGAGUCGGCCACUGGCCAGCCAGAGCCCACCAGCAGUCCCGACAACAAGCCCUUUAAGUGUAACACCUGCAACGUGGCCUAUAGCCAGAGUUCCACUCUGGAGAUCCACAUGAGGUCCGUGCUGCAUCAGACCAAGGCCCGAGCAGCCAAGCUGGAGGCCGCAGGGGGCAGUGGGGCCAGCAACGGCACCGGCAGCAGCAACAGCCUCCCUCUGGGAGCUUCGGCCCCGAGUCCCGUGAACACGAGCGGGAGCAGCAGCGCCUUCCCCGCCGCCAGCUCGGGCAGCGCCGGCACGGCCCCAGGCGCCGGCCUGCUCAGCCAGGCCCCGGGCGACAGCGUGGGGGGGAUGCCGCCCCUCGGGAACCCUGCGACCUCUGGCAUCACCUCCCCUUCAGAGCCCAAGGAGGUCAACCGCAAGAAGCUGGCAGAUAUGAUUGCCUCCAGGCAGCAGCAGCAGCAGCAGCAGCAGCAACAGCAGCAGCAGCAGCAGGCCCAGACGCUGGCACAGGCCCAGGCCCAGGUUCAGGCGCACCUGCAGCAGGAGCUGCAGCAGCAGGCGGCCCUCAUCCAGUCCCAGCUUUUCAACCCCGCCCUGCUGCCCCACUUCCCCAUGACCACAGAGACCUUGCUCCAGUUGCAGCAGCAGCAGCAUCUCCUCUUCCCCUUCUACAUCCCCAGCGCCGAGUUCCAGCUCAACCCAGACGUGAGCCUGCCCGUCACAAGCGGGGCCAGCCUGAUGCUGACCGGGACCGGCCCCAGCCUGCUGGAGGACUUGAAGGCUCAGGUGCAGAUCCCCCAGCAGAGCCACCAGCAGAUCCUGCAGCAGCCGCCGCAGCCGCAGGGCCAGCUCUCGCUGUCGCAGCCACACGCUGGCCUCCUGCCGCAGGGCCAGCACCCAGAGAAGAAGAGCAAAUCCGUGGUCGUCAAGGAAAAAGACAAAGAGUGUCAGAGGGAGGGCGCAGAGAGAGGUGAGGGGGGCGCCGGCCCCAAGGAAUCCCAUCCAGACCCCUCCAAGCCCAAAGACAAGAAAGACUUCGCGCCCGGAGCUGGCGCUGAAGCCGCGAUGCUCCCCCCGCGCAUCGCCUCAGACGCCAGGGGCAACGCCACUAAGGCCUUGCUGGAGAACUUUGGCUUUGAGCUGGUCAUCCAGUACAACGAGAAUAAGCAGAAAGUGCAGAAGAAGAGUGGCAAGGCGGAGCCGGGAGACAGCCUGGAGAAGCUGGAAUGCGACUCAUGCGGCAAGCUCUUCUCCAACAUCCUGAUCCUGAAGAGUCACCAAGAGCACGUGCACCAACAUUACUUUCCCUUUAAGCAGCUGGAGAGGUUCGCCAAGCAGUACCGCGAGCACUACGAUAAGCUGUACCCACUGAGACCCCAGACUCCGGAGCCGCCCCCCCCCCCCCCCCCCCCCCCGCCGCUCCCCACGGCGCCGCCCCAGCCGGCCUCCACCCCAACUCUCCCCACGCCUGCUCCUCCCAUCACUUCUCCCACCAUUGCCCCGGCCCAGCCCUCCGUGCCGCUCACACAGCUCUCCAUGCCCAUGGAGCUGCCCAUCUUCUCGCCGCUCAUGAUGCAAACCAUGCCCCUGCAGACAUUGCCAGCCCAGUUGCCCCCUCAGCUCGGUCCGGUCGACCCUCUGCCCGCCGACCUGGCUCAGCUUUACCAGCAUCAGCUCAACCCCAGCCUGCUCCAGCAGCAGAACAAGAGGCCCCGCACCAGAAUCACUGACGACCAGCUCCGCGUCCUCCGGCAGUAUUUUGACAUCAACAACUCCCCCAGUGAGGAACAGAUCAAAGAGAUGGCCGACAAGUCUGGAUUGCCGCAGAAGGUGAUCAAGCAUUGGUUCAGAAAUACCCUGUUCAAGGAGCGCCAGCGCAACAAGGACUCGCCCUACAACUUCAGCAACCCCCCCAUCACGAGUCUGGAAGAACUCAAGAUCGACUCACGGCCGCCUUCGCCGGAGCCCCAGAAGCACGAGUACUGGGGGAGCAAGAGGUCGUCCAGGACGCGCUUCACCGACUACCAGCUGAGAGUCCUGCAGGAUUUCUUCGACGCCAAUGCUUACCCGAAGGACGACGAGUUUGAGCAGCUUUCCAAUUUACUGAACCUGCCCACCCGAGUCAUCGUGGUCUGGUUUCAGAACGCCCGACAGAAGGCCAGGAAGAAUUACGAAAACCAGGGAGAGGGCAAAGACGGGGAAAGGCGCGAGCUUACCAAUGACAGGUAUAUCCGAACGAGCAAUUUAAACUACCAGUGCAAAAAAUGUAACUUAGUCUUUCAACGUAUUUUUGAUCUCAUUAAGCAUCAGAAAAAGCUGUGUUACAAAGAUGAGGACGAGGACGGGCAGGACGAUAGCCAAAACGAGGACUCUAUGGACGCCAUGGAGCUUCUGACUCCAACCAGUUCCUCCUGCAGCACCCCGAUGCCCUCCCAGGCCUACGGGGCCCCGGCCUCGGCGGCCAACGCGUCGGCUUCAACCUUUUUGCAGCUCAGCGCGGAGGCCGAGGAAGCCUCCGCCUUCGGCUCCAAAAUAGAAGCUACAGACGAGAAACCAAAGCAGCCCGAACCUCCCGGUGCACAGCCAAACCAAACCCAAGAGAAGCAAGUACAGCCAAAGCACGAGUCUCAGCCGCCACCGCCGGCGGACCAGCCGGACCAGAAGGGCAACGCCGCCCCGCCGAAGAACCCCGCGCUGCCCUCCCCGGCCCUGCAGCAGCCGCCCCAGCAGGCGCCACCCGCGUGCUCCCUGCCCCAGUCGAGCCCCAGCCCGUCCUCGCAGCUCUCCCACCUGUCUCUCAAGCCCCUCCACACCUCCACGCCGCAGCAGCUGGCCAACCUCCCUCCCCAGCUCAUCCCCUAUCAGUGCGACCAGUGCAAGCUGGCCUUCCCCUCCUUCGAGCACUGGCAAGAGCAUCAGCAGCUCCACUUCCUGAGUGCACAAAACCAGUUCAUCCACCCACAGUUUCUGGACAGGACGCUGGACAUGCCUUUCAUGCUGUUCGACCCCAGUAACCCACUGCUCGCGAGCCAGCUGCUGUCCGGGGCCCUGCCCCAGGUGCCGGCAAGCUCGGCCACGUCCCCUUCCACGCCCACCUCCACCAUGAACACUCUGAAGAGGAAGCUGGAGGAGAAAGCCAGCGCCAGCCCCGGGGAGAAUGACAGUGGGACUGGGGGAGAGGAGCCUCAAAGAGAUAAGCGCCUACGGACGACCAUCACCCCCGAGCAACUGGAGAUCCUCUACCAGAAGUACCUGCUGGACUCCAACCCCACCCGGAAGAUGCUGGAUCACAUUGCACAUGAAGUGGGCCUGAAAAAGCGGGUGGUGCAGGUCUGGUUUCAGAACACCCGAGCUCGGGAAAGGAAAGGGCAGUUUCGGGCCGUGGGCCCUGCCCAGGCCCACAGGCGGUGCCCCUUCUGCCGGGCGCUCUUCAAAGCCAAGACUGCCCUGGAGGCCCACAUCCGCUCCCGCCACUGGCACGAGGCCAAAAGAGCUGGCUACAAUUUGACUCUGUCAGCGAUGCUGUUGGACUGUGAUGGCGGCAUACAGAUGAAAGGAGACAUUUUUGACGGGAGCGGCUUUUCCCACUUGCCACCCGGCGGCAGCGAUGGCCAGGGGGUGCCCCUCUCGCCGGUGAGUAAAACCAUGGAGCUGUCCCCCAGAACCCUGCUCAGCCCUUCCUCCAUCAAAGUGGAAGGAAUAGAAGACUUCGAAAGUCCCUCCAUGUCCUCAGUCAAUCUCAGCUUUGACCAAACCAAGCUGGACAACGACGACUGCUCCUCUGUCAACACGGCCAUCACAGACACCACCACGGGAGACGAAGGCAACGCCGACAAUGACAGCGCCACGGGGAUAGCCACUGAAACCAAGUCGUCGUCAGCGCCCAGCGAGGGGCUGACCAAAGCCGCCAUGAUGGCCAUGUCCGAGUACGAAGAUCGCUUGUCUUCCGGCCUGGUCAGCCCGGCUCCUAGCUUUUACAGCAAGGAGUAUGACAACGAAGGCACGGUGGACUACAGCGAGACGUCCAGCCUGGCCGAUCCCUGCUCCCCGAGCCCCGGGGCCAGCGGCUCGGCCAGCAAAUCCGGGGACAGCGGAGACCGGCCGGGCCAGAAACGGUUUCGGACUCAGAUGACCAACCUUCAGCUGAAAGUCCUCAAGUCGUGCUUUAAUGACUACAGGACGCCGACCAUGCUGGAGUGCGAGGUCCUGGGCAAUGACAUUGGACUGCCAAAGAGAGUCGUUCAGGUCUGGUUCCAGAACGCCCGAGCAAAGGAAAAGAAGUCCAAGCUAAGCAUGGCCAAGCAUUUCGGUAUCAACCAAACAAGCUACGAGGGACCCAAAACAGAGUGCACUUUGUGUGGCAUCAAGUACAGCGCCCGGCUGUCUGUACGUGACCAUAUCUUUUCUCAGCAGCAUAUCUCCAAAGUGAAAGACACCAUCGGGAGCCAGCUGGACAAGGAGAAAGAGUACUUUGACCCGGCCACCGUCCGCCAGCUGAUGGCUCAGCAAGAGCUGGAUCGGAUCAAAAAGGCCAACGAAGUCCUUGGGCUGGCAGCUCAGCAACCUGGGAUGUUCGACAACCCUCCUCUUCAAGCUCUUAACCUCCCCACUGCUUAUCCUGCGUUACAGGGCAUCCCCCCAGUGUUGCUCCCUGGCCUCAACAGCCCGUCUCUGCCGAGCUUCACUCCAUCCAACACAGCUUUAACUUCUCCCAAACCGAACCUGAUGGGUCUGCCUGGCACUACGGUCCCUUCACCUGGCCUUCCGACUUCUGGAUUACCAAAUAAACAGUCGUCAGCCUCGCUGAGCUCCCCGACCCCAGCACAAGCCACGAUGGCGAUGACCCCGCAACAACCCCCCCAGCCCCAGCAGCAGCAGCCGCCGCCACCGGUGCAGCAGCAGCAGCAGCAGCCACCCCCACAGCAGCAGCAGCAGCCCCCCACGCAGCAGCAGCAGCCACCUCCGCAGCAGCAGCCACCGCCUCUGCAGCAGCAGCAGCAGCAGCAGCAGCAGCAGCAGCAGCAGCAGCAGCAGCAGCGAAAGGACAAGGAAGUAGAGAAAAUUAAAGAAAAAGAAAAGGCACAUAAAGGGAAAGGGGAGACCCUGGCGGGCCCCAAGAAGGACAAAGGAGAGGCCCCCGCAGCCACCCUCUCUGCCCCGUUACCCACAAUGGAGUACGCGGUGGACCCGACCCAGCUGCAGGCCCUGCAGGCAGCCUUGACCUCGGACCCCACCGCUUUGCUCACCAGCCAGUUCCUUCCUUACUUCGUCCCCGGCUUCUCUCCUUACUAUGCCCCCCAGAUCCCGGGCGCCUUGCAGAGCGGCUACCUGCAGCCCAUGUACGGCAUGGAGGGCUUGUUCCCUUACAGCCCCGCGCUGUCGCAGGCCCUGAUGGGGCUGUCCCCCGGCUCCCUGCUGCAGCAGUAUCAGCAAUACCAGCAGAGUCUGCAGGAGGCACUGCAGCAGCAGCAGCAACAGCAGCAGCGGCAGCUGCAGCAGCAGCAGCAGCAGCAGCAGCCACCACCGCAGCAGCAGCAGCAGCACCAACCGCAGAAAGUACAGCAGCAGCAGCAAGCGCCCCAGCCGCAGCAGCAGCAGCAGCAGCAGCAGCCGCCCAAAGCAAGCCAAACCCCAGUCCCCCCGGGGGCCGCUUCCCCCGACAAAGACCCUGCCAAAGAAUCCCCCAAACAAGAAGAGCAGAAAAGUGCACCCCGUGAGGUGUCCCCCCUCCUGCCGAAACCCCCAGAAGAGCCAGAAGCAGAAAGCAAAAGUGUGGACUCCCUCUCGGACCCCUUCAUUGUUCCAAAGGUGCAGUACAAGCUGGUCUGCCGCAAGUGCCAGGCGGGCUUCGGCGACGAGGAGGCGGCCACGAGCCACCUGAAGUCCCUCUGCUUCUUGGGCCAGGCAGCGGCGAGCCUGCAGGAGAUGGUGCUCCACGUGCCCACGGGCGGCGGAGGGGGGGCCGGCGGGGGAGCCGGCGGCGGGGGCGGGGCCGGCGGCGGGGGCGGCGGGGGCCCCUACCACUGCCUGGCCUGCGAGAGCACCCUCUGCGGGGACGAGGCGCUGAGUCAACAUCUCGAGUCGACCUUGCACAAACACAGAACAAUCACGAGAGCAGCAAGAAACGCCAAAGAGCACCCUAGUUUAUUACCUCACUCUGCCUGCUUCCCCGGUCCUGGCACCGCAUCUACCUCGCAGUCUGCCGCUCACUCAAACGACAGCCCCCCGCCCCCCUCCUCCUCCUCCUCUUCCUCUUCUUCCUCCUCCUCCUCCUCCUCCUCCUCUGCUUCCCCCCACGCCUCCUCCAGAAAGUCUUGGCCUCCAGGGGUCCCUCGGGCUUCGGUUGGGAAGCCCGCUUCUUUUCCUCCUCUCUCCUCAUCUUCAACGGUUACCUCAAGUUCAUGCAGCACCUCAGGGGUUCAGCCCUCGAUGCCAACAGACGACUAUUCGGAGGAGUCUGACACGGAUCUUAGCCAAAAGUCCGAGGGGCCAGCCAGCCCGGCCGAGGGGCCCCCGGCCCCCAGCUGCCCCCCCCAGGACCCUGGUCUAGCUAGUGUAGGAAUGGACCCCUUCAGAUUGUAAGCUUUGAAGAUGAACAAUUUAAAACACAAACACACACACACACACACACACACACAAAUGAAUUUAAAUAAAAAAAUUAAUAACAAACCAAUUUCAAAAAUAGACUAACUGCAAUUCCAAAGCUUCUAACCAAAAAAAAAAAAAGAAAAAAAAAGAAAAAAAAAAGAAAAAGCGUGGGUUGUUUUCCCAUAUAACUAUCUAUGCCGGUGAUUUUACAUUCUUACCUUUUUUUUUUCUUUUACUAUAAAAUACCAACUCUGUUACAUUUGUCCUUUUGAAGGUACUAUUGGUCUGGGAGACAGAAGUCCAUAGGGCCUCCUCAUUGUCUUUGGAGCUUACACCCCCUUGUAUAUUGCCCCUUUUCAAUAACGCCCCAAUUGAUAGCACAGCAGAGUCCGGCAUGCACUGUAUGGGAAAGCAGUCCACCUUGUUACAGUUUUAAAUUUCUUGCUAUCUUAGCAUUCAGAUACCAAUGGCUUGCUAAAA